ACUCUGAGCGGUCCUUUUGGCCUCUAGCGUGUAGGCUGGUGUUGUGUUCUGUUGGAAACAAGUGCAAUGAGCAUCAAUGCAUCAUCAGCCAUCAUACUGGUAUUACUUCCAAAAGCGCGAAAAAAUUGCCAAUUUUCAAGGAGAAAGCAAACCAUAUCUCAAAGACAAAGCGUGGUGGUUGAGCAUCCAAUUCGUUCGUGAGCUUUGGCGUGUGUAAUUUAUUGGGAGACGACUCUGUCGCUCCGCUGCAGUGGAGGCCUGGAGGGAGCUGUAGUGUAGCUAGAGGUUCUGUUCGAGCAGCACCAGCUAAAUGGCGAGCAAGGUGGUGGACCUCCGGUCGGACACGGUGACCAAGCCCUCCGAGGCGAUGCGGGCCGCCAUGGCCGCCGCCGUCGUCGACGACGACGUCCUGGGCGCCGACCCGACCGCGCAGCGCUUCGAGGCGGAGAUGGCCGCGAUCAUGGGCAAGGAGGCCGCGCUCUUCGUGCCGUCGGGCACCAUGGGCAACCUCAUCUCCGUCCUCGUGCACUGCGACGUCAGGGGCAGCGAGGCCAUCCUCGGCGACAACUCGCACAUCCACGUCUACGAGAACGGCGGCAUCUCCACCAUCGGCGGCGUGCACCCCAGGACCGUCAAGAAUAACCCCGACGGCACCAUGGAUGUUGACAAGAUCGUCGCCGCCAUCAGGCAUCCGGAUCUUCAUUACCCGACGACCAGGCUCAUCUGCUUGGAGAACACACACGGGAAUUCUGGUGGAAAAUGUUUAUCAGUAGAAUACACUGACAAGGUUGGUGAAAUUGCCAAGAGCCAUGGCUUGAAGCUUCAUAUUGAUGGAGCUCGCAUCUUUAACGCGUCUGUGGCACUUGGAGUUCCUGUAGAUAGACUUGUGAAAGCUGCUGAUUCAGUUUCGGUAUGCCUAUCAAAAGGAUUAGGCGCACCCGUGGGAUCAAUUAUUGUUGGUUCGAAGGCCUUCAUUGACAAGGCCAAAAUUCUCCGAAAGACCCUAGGUGGUGGAAUGAGACAGGUGGGAGUUCUUUGUGCUGCUGCUCAUGUUGCCAUUCGUGACACUGUGGGAAAGCUCGCGGAUGACCACAGAAAGGCUAAAGUUUUGGCAGAGGGACUGAAGAAAAUUGAACAGCUUACAGUGGAUUCGGCUUCGGUCCAGACAAAUAUGGUAUUCUUUGAUAUCAUGGAUCCAAGAAUAUCACCUGACAAACUGUGUGCAGUCUUGGAACAACACAAUGUGCUUGCAAUGCCAGCUAGUUCAAAAAGGAUUAGGUUCGUGAUCCAUUACCAAAUUUCAGAUAGCGAUGUUCAGUAUGCAUUGACAUGUGUCGAGAAAGCUGUUGAAGAACUACUGAAAGGCAGUACUGAAUUCGAGCAUCUGACAAACGGAACUACCAAAAGCUCAUAUGGGCACUAGAUCGAUCACUUCGAUUCUGCCGACCUGAUGCAUUCACACUAGUUGGUGCCCUGCUUGUUUGUGAGUGACCGAAGCUAUAGCUAGCUAUUGUAGUCAGGCCGCAUGUCCCGAAUAAUUGUUGCUGUUCAGUCUUUGCUUGGAUUUGCUCAUUCUUGUGUCUCUGCUUUCACCGGUAAUAAUACGGGCGCUGUUAAUUUUUUUUUUGAAAGAUC